UCUCUGCCCGAGUCUCCACAUCUGUGCACGGCGCCUUUUCUCCGUUAGAUGCGGGUGGCUCAGAGGCUGAGCCCUGGGAAGUCAACCUCUUUUCUUUUCUCUUCUAAACCGCAGGGGGUCUCUCUCUGCCCUGCAGAGCAGGACCCGCGGUGAGACAGGUGCCAGCUCCCUGCUCUGGGAGGAGUGUCCCUGGGCCCCCUCUCUCGGGGGGGCGGGCCCACCUGUCUUUGCCCUGGCUGUGGAUGCAUUCUCGGUUUGCGUUGGAAUCUGAGCGCCAUCGGCCCAAAACUCAUCCCUCUUCUUACAGGUCACCCAGGGUCACCCAGAUGACACGGGAUGGAGGUGCCAGAACUCACCUGCCCUGCCUCACCUGCCAGGGACCAGCCAGCUCCUGCUCCUGGACCUCCAGGGACCCCAGGGGGGCAGGCCUCAACCCACCUGACCCUGGGCCCCGUCCUCCUGCCGCCCGAGCAGGGGCUGGCCCCCACCGUGUUCCUGAAGGCGCUGCCCAUCCCGCUGUACCACACGGUGCCUCCCGGGGGCCUCCAGCCACGGGCCCCCCUGGUGACUGGCAGCCUGGAUGGCGGCAGCGUGCCCUUCCUCCUCAGCCCCCUGCUGCAUCCGGAAGGGCCUGGCCCCGCCCCCAUCGGGAAGCCAGCGACCCCGACGCUCACUGUGAACAUCGUGGGCGCUCUUCCUGUCCUGUCGCCGUGCCCAGGGCCUGCACUGGGCGGCCCCGGGAAGGCGCGCCAUGCCGGCAAGUACCUGUGCCCACACUGCGGCCGGGACUGCCUGAAACCCAGUGUUCUGGAGAAGCACAUUCGGUCCCACACUGGAGAGAGGCCUUUCCCGUGUACCACCUGCGGCAUCGCCUUUAAGACCCAGAGCAACCUGUACAAGCACAGACGUACUCAGACGCAUUUCAACAACGCCCGGCUGUCCUCUGAGUCCGAAGGCACUGGGGGCAGCCUCCUGGAGGAGGGGGACAAGGCCGGAGAGACCUCCAGGGCAGCCGGCAAGGGGGACAGCUGGAGCCAGGGUGGCGCUGUUGGGGCCCCGCCAGAGAGACCCCUUUCUCCAGGGGCCCAGGGUGCCGGGCACUGCCCGGUGCCCCCGACGCAUCCGUCCCCCGUCUCCAGGAGCCUGGAUCUGAAAUCGGAAGCUGCGUGCUGUCCGGGGCCCACGCCUGCUGAUGGAGAGGCCCGCACGGCAGGCACUGGGCUCCCCGCGGCCGCUUCCCAGCCCAGGCGCCCGCUGCAGGAUCAGAGGGGUCCACCGGCCGGCAGGCUCUGCUCCCUGGCGCAGCCGCAGGCACCAUUCUCGGAGAAGCCAGGGGACGCCAAGGCCUCCGAGGGCCGGCUGAGGAAGUGUGAGAGCACGGACUCCGGCUACCUGUCCCGCUCUGACAGCGUGGAGCAGCCGCUGCCCCCCAGCAGCCCCCUGCGAAGCCUGUCAGAACACAGCCCCGAGUCUGAGGGGGAGGGCGCCCCGGGGCCCGGGGCGGCCAGGGCCGAGCGGGGUGGCCGGGGGCCCAGCCUAGAGCUGGAGAAGCGGCAGCUGGAGGAGCGCAUCGCCCGCCUCAUCUCGCACAACCAGGCCGUGGUGGACGACCCACAGCUGGACCACGUGCGGCCCCGCAAGACCGUCCUGUCCAAGCAGGGCAGCAUCGACCUGCCCAUGCCCUACACCUACAAGGACUCCUUCCACUUCGAGAUCCGGGCGCCCGAGCCUGGCCGGAGGCGGCCCGGCGCCCUGGGCCCCGCCCGCUCCACCUGCACGCCCCUGGACAAGGCGCGGCCCCUCUUCUUCCACUCCGUCCCCACCCAGCUCUCCACCAGCUCGGAGUGCGUCCCUGUCACCAGGAGCAACUCGCUGCCCUUUGUCGAGGGCACCAGGACAUGGCCGGACCCCCAGGACGCCGGUCCCUGGAGGCAGAAGCCACUGAGCCCCAGGCCCAGCCCUGCCCGACUGGCGGAUGUCCCCAGCGGUCACCCCCGGGCCUUGGUGAGACAGGCUGCGGUGGAGGACCUUCCGGGUCCCCCCACUAGAGACACCAUGACCCCUACAGAGGACCUGGAUGGAAAGAGGGUGGGGGCAGGGGACGAUGGGGUGGCCGGCAAGGGCCGAGGGGCCGGCAGGAGGCGUGGCCAGAGGAGGCUGCAGAUGUUCUCCCAGGAGAAGUGGCAGGUGUACGGGCGCGAGACGUUCCAGAGACUCUACCAGCAGAUGAGAGCCACCCGCCAGGGGGGCAGGAGGGCGCGGGAGGGGAGGGUGGGGUGCGGCGCAGAGCAGGACCUUCCUCCACAGGGAGGGGCAGCGGGGGGCGAGGGUGCAGCCGUGUCCCAGGAUGGCAGGACCCCUGUCUGUGGGGACGCUUCUGUGGGCGCCCAGCCAGGGCCUUUGGAAAGUCCGCCAGCCACAGACGGCUUCUUGGUGACUGAGUCCCCCAAGCGGAGGGAGAUGGCGGCCGGAGCAGGAGGCACUGAGCAGCCCAGGGAGAGCAGGUCCGUGUCGCCCCCCACCUGCAUCUGCAGAGAGUCCCCGAGUUCGGGCAACAAGAGCCCUGUCCUUCCUCCACGCGGGAGGCUGGAUCUGGGGUGUCCUCUGCCCCCAGCACUUGGACCCCUCAAAGGUGGGGACCUAGAGGCUCCUAGGCUGCCAGACGCCAAGCUGGAAGGAGGUGCCCAGGAUGAUGGGGACACGGAAGAGCAGGCCCUCUGCUUCCUGAGACGGCCGGGCAGCAGCCCUGGGGAGCCCCGGCCUGUGGAGCCCCAGCUGCCCUCAGAGAGGAAGAAGCUGAAGGUGGAGGGGCCGGCCCCCCCAGAGCAGCGGGGGACUCUGGGAGCAGGAGGCCAGACCGCAGGGCCCCCUGGACAGGCUGCCCCCCUGCCACCCUGGAAGCCGGACAGUGGCCCUGGGGACAAGCCCGGAGAGCUGCACAGGGGUUCUGAGUGCACUGUGAGGGGUGGGGCCCAGGCCUCGGAGGUCCGUGGUGCAUCUUUCUCUGCUUCCUUGGUGGCCCUGACACCGAGGCUGAAGGACAAGGAGCCCGGACUUGGUCCUGAAGCUACAGUCCUGGGGGUCCCCUCGCCGCUGGCACCCCAGCUUCAGGCUCCCGACACCCCAGCAGCCCUGACAGACACCACCUUUCCCCCCAAGUACCUCCUCAGGUUACCCCGGGGAGAGAGCCCAUCACCCCCGCCUGGGGCCCAGGGCCGCCCCUGCAGAAGCCGGGGGCCCGAGGACCUGGUGUCCUCCGUCGGUUCAGAGCCGGGGACCCUCCUGUCUCCCCGCCCAGCCUCAGGCCUGGCCCCAGGGAGAGCAGACAGCUUCGAGGAGGACCCCAGGCUGUGGGGCUGGAGAAAAGGGGUGCCGGGAGAAGAGGAAGGAGCCUUGGACGCCAGCACCCCGCAAUCUGGGGAGCCUGCCAGCUUGAGCGCCGGGGCCCUCCAGGAGACGGCCUCCGUCCUGCCCACCUGGGCCCGUGACUCCUGGGGGAGUGAGACCCACGCCCCGGGGCACCUCUGUUCCGGCAGCUCUGGGACCAGGGCCCGGGCCUCCUCCAGCACCCUGGAUCCCCCGCCACUCAACAGGGACGUGGCAGAGCCCCCUGAGAAUGUCCCAGAAGGCCCUCCUCCAGGGCCCCCAGCGGGACACCGUCCCUACUGCUCUCUGCAGGCCAGCUCUGUCCUCUUGCCCCCAGGCCAGCCCGGGAUGGCCUCAAGCAUCCCCUCAGGUAGCCCCGGGGGCUGUGGGCCCCAGGGCCCCUUCCCUUCACUGAAGGCAGAGCCCCAGCUCACUUGGUGCUGCCUGAGCCGCAGCUUGCCUCUGCCCACGGAGCAGGGGGAGAAGGCCGCCUCCAUGUGCUGGGCGCUGCACCGCCCUGGCCGCGGCUCUCUGGCCCAGGGCGCGGACACCAGGCCGGUGAGCAAGGCAGCGUGGGGACGCUGGACCAGGACCAGCCCGGCAGAAGGAGGGGAGACGCGGCCGUGGAAGCUCUCCUACUCGACAGCCCCAGGGGUGACAUCCCGGGACCCGGGGACCGAGCCAGCGUGGAAGAAAGGACCGCCUCGUAGGAGGGUGAAGCUGUCCCGUGCGAGCAGCAAGCAGAAAACACUGAGAAGGUACAGAGGGAGCUUCUUGCAGGGCCGAGUACAGCUCAGAGCAAGGAGACUACGCAAGCCACUCUGGGUGCUGAGAAAAGAUGGCCACCCUCCCCCACUCGAGGGGCCGGACCCUCGCAGGACCCCCGGGCAGGCUGCUUCAGAAAUGGCAGGGCUGAGUCUGCAAGAGGAGCCAUCUCGAGCCCCCUCAGCCUCGCCUGCUGGUUGCGGGAAGGGAGAGAAGGAGGAGGAAGACUGCAGGCCAACUGCCGGAGGCGGCCCCCCCAGCGCAAGGCCGACGGACAGGGACCCGUUAGCGGUGCAGGAUGCGAUUCUGUCUGCCGGCGAGCCCGGCGACUGUUGUCCUCAGGACACUUCGGUCAGCUCGGGGUUGUCGCUGCCACCUGACUCCUACAUACAAGCGGCCAGGAACAGCCUUCCGUCCCACGGCACAGGUCUCGGCGUGGGAUUUCUUGAGACUCAGCAGCCGCCUCCCCAGGAGCAAGUGCUGGCAGAUCCCAAACUGUGCGUGGUCUCAGAUGCUCGAGACCCUUCAUCAUUUGAGUCCAAAGGAAACUCUCUCCGCCAAGACGUUGCCACCUCUGUGGCCACCGUCUGCACUUCCCUGGGGGCAAGAGGAGGUCACGCAACCGUGGGAAGUCACUGUGCAGAGCCACAGGAGCAGGACCGAGCUUCAGGGGAGACAGUGACACACGGCAGCUCCCCGGACAGACAAGCUGCAGCACAGGGCACGUCACCGUCACUCCUGCCGGGGAAACCCUGCCCGGGGCAGAGACUCUCAGGUACGGUCCCAGCGAGGCCACCUGGAAAAACUCACCCUGAAAUAUCAGCUUCAGGACCAGGCUCCCGCCAAGAGGAAGAGAGACCCAAGGCGCCUUUCUCUUCCGGGGGGCAGCCUGGGUGUGGGGAGAUGCUCGCCCCCGGCCCUCCCUUGGGAAAGAACAGUGAGACGUGCCAAGAAUCUGGAUUCGCGGCUCUGAAGGAUUGUGUGGUUCCUUCUAAGCCGGGGCCGUCCACGGAAGUCCCACAGGCCCCUUCGAAAACAAUCAAGAAAAGGAGUUUGGAAGGGAUGAGGAAGCAAAGCCGAGUGGAGUUCAGCGACAGCAGCAGUGACGAUGAAGACCGGCUUGUGAUAGAGAUCUGAAGCCCCCAGGAAAGACGGCGUCAGUGGCCAGAGGUGGCCGAUGCGCCCCAGUGAAUGCCAACCUGGCAGGACACCCGAACCCCCACCACGCGGCACCUAGAGAUCGGAAAGCCAUUUGGGGCUCUUUCCAAGACGUCCCCAACCAGCUUCGAACCCCUGACUCAGCUUCACCAGCGUCCCACUGGUGUCCACGGCAGGGCAGAGGUGACAUGAAGCAAGUCUAAGAAUGCUCGACACACAGUGACUGUGGCUGGACCCCCAGUGGUGUCCUUUGGCUCCGUCCACCACAGCCUCCUCCGUGAAGUGGCUUUAUCCCCGAGAGCCGUGACCGGCCCACGUAUCAACACAUGGGUCUGAUUGAGUCCAGGCAACUGACCUCCUGAUUAGUGGACUGCGGGUGGGCGCCCGAGGCUUAGUUGGGAGAGUGGGGCAUGAAUGGGGCACCAAGUCACUGCAGUGCACACUGGAGACAGAAUUCAGAUUUGUGCAAAAACUGAAGUUUGGUCAGGAUGAUUUUUCUCUUCUACCGGAGCUGUAAAUAUGCUUCCAGAUGUGUGUCAUCUGGUGGGACGCUGAUGACACUUCCAUGGCACACCAACGGCCGGCGCUCCGUGAGAGUCAGAGACACAGGCUGUCCCAUCUCGUGCCCGGUGCCUCUUCCGUCAAGACCUCUGAAGCCCUCGGUUUUCCCAGCUCUUGCAAAGGAAUGCUGUGUUAAAAGUUAAUAGCACAGUCUCUGGAAUGAGUCAUUUUUUCUGAGGGGGAAAAAUUCACUUAUUUUCCUCUGAUGCUCUUUGUCAUAUUGUGCUCUGAGCAACUUCAAUUAGAGGGUUACAUUUUAGUAAUCGCUGCAGCUUAAAUUGAUGCCUGCUCAUCGUGACGGGGGCCUUUUGGUUUCCUCCCGAAGCUUCAAGGAUACAAAACUAAUUGGAGUUUUGACGCUGUUUUACAUCUCAGUAAUUUUAUUUUGGGGGCUUGGUGUUACUUUGCUGUCAAAUUAAAUCAGCCUCUGUAUUGUGCAAGUCAGAACAGCACACACACACACACACACACACACACACACACAAUCCCCCAGUGUUUCAAGCUGGCACACCCCUGUGCAGAACAGAAUAGUUGCUCUGCAUCUGCAGCCCGGUGAGCAAAGCCUCAGGCGUCCUGCCUGUUUCUCCUCCUUCGAUGGCGGAGGAAGAACUUCAGGAGACUGACGCUGCUGCAUUUCAAUAACAUGUUGAACUUGGUGUUGGUACGAUUUUGUGGGCUCCGAAAUUUACAGCUGAGCUCUCUGGGCUUACCCUUGGUGGAAGCGUGGUCUGGGCACAGCUUGUAUUUCAAAGGCAGGAUGCAAAACAUCUCACACCUACGAACACACUUCAGUGUGUCUUUGCCUGCGACAGAAAAUGGGGUUGCUUUUCAUGUAACUUCAUGUGAAUCUUCUGGUUUUAGGGUGAUUGAUUGAUAGAAAACUUGAAUGAGGGGCCAGUUAGCUUCCCCUGAGGACUCAGACUGUGUCUGUGGUCAUUUUACCUGAGCUCAUAAAUGCCGCAGUGGUUUCGAGCCCAGCCAAGAAAUACAGGAGAAGGGAGGGUAAGAAGAAUGUUAGGUAUUUACUUUCUGUACUUUCUGAACCAAACGAAAGUGUUGUGGUGGUUACCGACCCUUCGAAUGGACCCUGCUACCUUGAUGAGAGAGGCUGUCUGGGGAAGUGGUCCCAGUCCUGUGCAGAGGAAGAGUCAAGGUCUGACCUUACCCUUCACCCGCUGGGAAAUCUUGGUUAAGGCGUACGCCCUGUCUGUGCCUUGGUUUCUCCAAAGGAGCAGGUGAGCUCAGUAUGCCUGCAGGCUCCCAUCCUUGUGAGGAAGCAUACGCUGCCGUCUUCUUGAUGUAGGAGGCUUUUGUGGCUUGGGGGUGGUGCCCACGGGGAGAGAUCUUGCACCCAAGAAGUUUGGGAGGGGAACCACAACCAAAACACCUUCAGCCAAUUAUUCCCAUGAAGAACUUGAGCUCAGAGGUGCUGCCCUGAUUUUUCCCCCAGAGUUCCAGAUUUGGGGGCAUAGUCAUGCAGUUUAUUGAUGUUGGUUCAUAAUUCAGAAAAUUAAAAAAAAUACCCAGAACGCUACUAUGUGAAUGGAAGACGGUAUGUCCACAGGCUGAACUUGCCACCUUGUCUUGGGAGGCACUGACUCGGGGAGAACAGUCUUCCAGAUUCUCCCCUCCUGGGUGGUGGCCGAGCAGUCACCUGGUCUACUGGGCCUCAGUCAGCAAGUCAGCCCCACUGGCACCGGCCCGGGCAUGGUGACGGAACCUCUGUCCUUCUGUGAGCUACUGCUUUGGGUGGGCACCUCCCAACCCCGAUGAAAUAUGAUGGAAAGUUGAGUUUGACUCUCACUCCCUGUGUUUCUCAUAGAGGGGAGCAGGUGGACACACCAUCCUGUCUUAGCCGGUCAUUUAGCCAGUGACCGAUAAAAGCAAAGUGUACCUUACUUUACAUCCAUGCAAACUGGUGCAAAGCUGUAUUUCGGUGGCUUUAAAAAUAAACAAAAAAUGUAGUUUGAACGACCCUAGAGUAGCUGGCUGUUGGAAAUCAUCCUAAGGUAAAGAUUUUUUUUUUUCAGUGAUGAAGCCUUUUGUAAAGCAACAGUCUCCGAUGUUGAUAAAUCUUCAUUUCCUAUGGGUUUUCUUAAAGCAGAAGGCAAUCCCAGGGAUACAUUUUAAGGAUAACAUCAGUGACAUAUAACCCAGUUCGGGUUAGCAAAAAUAAACUUCAACAUUAUCAGUUAAUAAUAGCUACAGUUUUAUAUGCUGUACGCAUGUCUGUGUGCCAGUUAAAAAACCACCAAUCUAAUUUAGAACAAGGCCAAACAGAGUUGAAAGAUCAAGCCCCCAACCCCCGCUCUUCCCAGUGGGAUUAAUUGUAUUGCACCUUUGGGUAAGGGUCUUAGCCCUGGUGCCUCAGUUUCCUUCACAGAGAAGAAAUCCAGGGGUGCUGGCAUGAACUCAGACAAAGGGUCACUUGGAAACCUUGGCGAUUUUGGGGGGCAAAGUAGACAAGUACUAAGAUGCUCAAGACUCCCUGCGAGGUUUAUUUCUCCCGCCGUGCCCGCACCUGGCCAGAUCUUGCUUGUUGGAGGUGCGUGGAGGAAAGAGGUCUCCCAUCUGCCCUUGGGGUGGAGAGGUUUCCGAAAGUCACGUGGCCUUUGAUGGACAGCUCGAACCCUCCUUGCCGGAAGGCGUGAUGGAGUGCAAUUCAUCCACCCUGUUAGGUAUAACCCUGAGAUUCUGCACGAAGCCCACGUCCCUUUAAUCCAUGACCCAGCAGAACCUGUGGUUCAUUUACCAAAAAGUGAAAAUAAAGAGGGGCCGAGGGCCUCUGGAUUCUAAUCAAAACCUUGCCCGUAGCAUGGUGGGUGUCUGGGGGCAAGGUGAGUGCCCCCUUUCAAAAGUCCCUCCUCCGUUAUGGGAGGAUAUGUGUUGCAAAAAUGUGUGGCAACCCCGGUUCUUGGCACCCAAGGGGAACGGCGGGCAGCCUCAGGCCACAGACUUUUUCCUUGACUUUCUGUGCAUUGCUGAGAAUAAUCACAUUCUUUUAUUUUUUCCCCCCAGCAUAGAUAUUUGCCUUUUGCACAAGAUUUUUAUAGUGAGGGAAACCGUCAUGAUCAACAGCCUGCUCAGCUGCUUGCCUCCCCAGACGGGAUUUCACUCGGUGAGGCAAAGAUGGGCGAUCGCGCUCCUGCCACGGUGGCAAGCGCGGCGUGGGUGUUUUUGUUCAGUCCAGCUGUGAUCCCCACCUCUCUUGUGAGGGACACUCUCGGGCUUUGGAAACACUAUAUCUCUCUACUCUUAAGCACAAUAUCUCGCCCUGGUCUUUCCUAACUCAUCAGAUAGAGGUGUCAGGACCCAGCAGAUCUUGUGAGCCAGGCUUGUUCCCUGAGCCAGUCUCUCUACCCAUGCUUUUUACUGAUGUGGGACCAGAUGUAAUUUGAUCUGAAGAAGUAUGGGGACAUUUCUUUGAGCGUGACGCCUCACCACGGGGAGAGGAGCAGCCAGGGAUGCUGUCAGCCCCCGUCCCUCGCAGCCCUCCGGGAUGACUCACAUCCUGUGUGUGCGCUCAGCUGUUCAGAGCUUGCUGCUCUAUCGAUUAUUCAUAAUCAGGGAAGUGGUUGGCUUCUUGAUUGUUUGUUGAAACUUCCUUCCUUCUUUCUAUGGUUAAAUUAUUUUGUUUUGAUAAAAAUAAAACUGAAAAUGA